AUGAUGAUUUUAAAAUCUUUUAUACCAGGGAAUCUAAUAUCCUUAUACAUGACGAUAAUCAAUUCGGUCGUUAUGGUCGGACUCUAUUAUGGAUUUCUGACCACACUAUCCAUAGGUCCCUCUUAUAUCUUCCUUCUACGAGCUCGGUUUAUGGAAGAAGGAGAAGAAGGAACCGAGAAGAGAGUAUCAGCAACAACUGGGUUUAUUGCAGGCCAGCUCAUGAUGUUCAUAUCAAUCUACUAUGUACCUCUGCAUUUAGCAUUGGGUAAACCUCAUACAAUAACUGUCUUAGCUCUACCGUAUCUUUUGUUUCAUUUCUUCUGGAACAAUCACAAAGACUUUUUUGAUCAUAGACGUCCUACCAGAAAUUCAAUGCGUAAUCUUAGCAUUCAAUGUGUAUUCCUGAAUAAUCUCAUUAUUCAAUUAUUCAACCAUUUCAUUUUACCAAGUUCAAUGUUAGCCAGAUUAGUCAACAUCUAUAUGUUUCGAUGCAACAACAAGUUUCAACAUUUAAUGUUUCGAGGUUUUAGUUUUGUUGGUGUUGGUUUAAUUGGUCACAUUUUUUCAUCGAAAUGGGUUGGAUUUGAUAUAGUCUGGAUACAGCAAAAUAAUUCUAUUAGAUCGAAUGUAGCUUUUUACGAUUCUAAUAAGUACCUUGUGUCAAGAAUUGAGAAUUCUAUGGCUCGAAUCUUUAGUAUUCUCUUAUUUAUUACUGUGUCCCUACUCUUUAGGCAAGAAUACCGUCACCCAUUUUUUACUAAGAAACUGAAAGAAACAUCAGAAGCGGAAGAAAGGGAGGCAAGAAACAAGAUGUAG